GCCGUCUUUACUGGUGACUGGACUCCCUGCUUUACGACUGGUCAAGGAAUAGCAUUUUAAAGUCUGUACUGGUUGUAAGGACUAAUUAUGAAAGAGAUUCAGCCCGGGUCUGAUGUCCGGUCUGAGUUGAACUCAGUAGAGGUUACAGAACCCCAGGAAACCCAAACUUACCACAAGUUUAAGAAGCCCUCAGGUCAUGUAUCUUUGUCCCAGAAUGGAUCUAAUAUUAUGGCUUUUCUCAAGAGAAAUGCUUUUGUUGUUCUCACACUGACUGCUGUCGCAUUGGGAAUUGGCCUGGGCUUUUCUUUGCGACACAUUAACAUGUCAGCCAGGGAUAUCAAAUAUUUAACAUUUCCUGGAGAGCUGCUGUUGAGACUCCUGCAGAUGGUCGUGCUUCCACUCAUCAUUUCCAGUCUAAUUUCAGGCAUGUCAUCUGUGGACAGCAAAGUUUAUGGGAGGAUUGGGCUAAGGGCCUUUGGCUAUUACAUGGUCACCACACUUAUUGCUGCGUUCACUGGCAUUACCUUAGCAGUAAUCAUCCAGCCAGGGAGCUCAUCCAGGAACACUUCAGUGUCCCCUGGUGGUAAAGUGGAGGCUGUGCAGAGCAUGGAUGCCUUUCUAGAUCUAAUCAGAAACAUGAUCCCCUCAAAUCUGUUUGAAGCUUGUUUCAGGAAGUUUAAAACAGUUUAUUCCAAGAGUGUUUCUACAGGAAAUCGUCUUGGUGUCAUCAAUAUUACUGAGGGCAGUGAAAACGGGAACCCUAUAAAUGACACAGUACCAAUGCCAGGCACCUCAGAUGGGGUAAAUAUUUUGGGUCUGUUGGUCUUCUCUGUUGCCUUUGGCCUCAUUCUGGGGAGCAUGGGGACUCAGGGAAAACCUCUGAAGGAUUUCUUUGACUGUCUGAAUAAAACCAUUAUGCAUCUGGUCAAUAAAGUUAUCUGGUAUUCCCCAGUGGGAAUCCUCUUCCUGUUAGCAGGGCAGAUUGUGAAGAUGACAGACACCAGACAGAUAGGUCAGGAAGUUGCCAUGUACGCUCUCACUGUGAUCACUGGGCUGCUAAUCCACAGCUUCUUCACUCUGCCCCUCAUCUAUUUUGUUGUCACUCGAAAGAAUCCCUUCCAGUUUAUGAGUGGUCUUCUCCAGGCUGUCACCACUGCCUUUGGGACUUCGUCAAGGUGAGCCAGAGUCUUUAUAUCAAACAUAACAAAUGGAUAAUGGUGGAACAUCACUGACAUUCAUUUUUUUUUCAGUUCUGCAACCUUACCUGUAACCCUCCACUGUAUGGAGGAAAAUCACAGCAUGGACAAACAAGUGACACGCUUCAUGCUGCCUACAGGUGCCACAAUGAACAUGGAUGGUGCAGCACUAUAUGAAGCAGUAGCAGCUUUAUUCAUAGCCCAGGUUCAUAAUAUGAACUUUAACCUGGGUCAAAUCAUUGUCCUCAGUUUGGUUGUCACAGCAGCAAGCACUGGUGCAGCAGGCAUCCCACAGGCUGGCAUGGUAUCGAUGAUAAUUGUGCUGUCAUCAGUUGGACUGCCCACAGAAGAUAUAUCACUGCUUAUGAUGGUUGAUUGGAUUCUGGAUCGAUUGAGGACUGCCACAAAUGUCCUGGGUGACUGUAUCGGUGUGGGUGUAGUGCAGCAUCUGUCCAGACAUGAGCUACAGAGCUCCAGGCCUGCAGAAGAAAGUUUGGUGGAAGACCGUCUCCAGCUCUGAGCUUCAUGAGGCUUGACAGCAUCCAUUUCUAAUGCUUGAGAUUUAUAUGAUAUAUUAUUUGCUGAGUAAU